UAUCAACAAUUCAGUACUCUAGGUUUAGGAGACAAAGAUGACGUCAUUGGUGGCUAGUUCAUUUUUUCCAAAAGUCGGUCACUGUUUGCCAACAACAAACCAGCAAGAUCUAUCAUACUUUCUCAUACUCAUCAUGUUCAUCAGGCCACCGUUAGAGAUCCAAGUGACAUCCAGGCAGAUUCCCCAGUGGAACUGUAUCCCCAAUACCUCCAUCCAAUCCAAGCCCCUCAUGAUAUACCACCAGGCAUUUGAAGCAUCUCCAGAGGAACUCAAACAGCAUUUCCGGAUGGUUGGUGAAGUCACACCCGGCUGGGUCUAUACUAUGUAUAGCCAGACACACUUCCAUUCCACUACCCAUGAAGUUCUUGGAGUCGUCUCUGGCUCUGCGUAUCUUUGUUUCGGGGGAGAGGGGAACCCUGGCCGGUUUGAGACCAGAGUUGAGAAAGGGGACAUGAUCAUAAUUCCCGCCGGUGUGGGUCACCGGCUCCUUCAUGAGCCUGAUCUAGACAAGGGCUCGUUCAAAAUGGUUGGCGCCUACCCGCAGAAUAAAACCUGGGACAUGUGUUACGGGCAGUCGGGAGACGAAGAGAAAUGUAGAAACAUUGAGAGUUUGGGGUGGUUUCAAGCGGAUCCACUAUAUGGGACGGAUGGGCCUGCCCUGCGGGUUUGAAGCAUGUUAGCUUACUAGGAAUGUUGGAAUAAACACGCUUUGGAUGUUCACACCGAAACUGGUCAAGUGAGAAACGGGCCUUCUUAGGGACUAUUUGGAC